AUGCAAAGGACAUCAGAGCCCCUCACGAACUUAGUGCUAGAGCUCCACGACCAAAGCCGAGCCGACAGCCCAGGAGCACAGCCGCCAUGGCGCCAAAGGGGUGGCAGGGGGCCUAUUUCCCUCUCGAACCUCCCACGGGACGUGAUCUUGGGUGUUCUGGAUGAAAUACGUCCUGUUGGAUCGCUCACCACCUCCGAAUCCACCGCCGAGAGACCGGUAGUCAGACCCGGACACUUGAAAUGCCGGACCAGUCUCUUAAACGUCUGUCUAUCUUCCAGGGCAUUCUAUGGGCUUGCAAUUCCCCACCUAUAUCGUAACUCACUCGUUAAAGACCGACGAGAACUGCUUCACUUCUUCCGUACGCUCGUUAAACAAGCCGAUCGCCGCCCUAUGGUCCGGUCUUUCGCUUGGGCUGGCGUCUUGUGGGAAGCCGAUGCCAAUGCUGGGUCAAGCAUACAUCCUCUGGAGGACGAGGCUACGAUUGCCGCGGAUUGUUGGAAUUCGAUCGGAGAUGAGUGGCCACGUGGGCGCGUUGACUGUGACAUAGCUGAACUCAUGGGUAUCGAUGGGCUAGACACUAUGAAAGACUGGAGGCUCCUCGGCGCUGUGUUAGCAAUGUGCCCACGAAUCAGAUGCCUGUUCAUGCUGAAUGGAGCCGUGAUGGAUCCUCCGUCCGGCCUCCACCAUUGCCCUGAACUCGAUGCCGUAUUGCCUUUUCUUCAGCAGUACGAAUUCGGAAGCUCUGGGGAGAUCUUAAGCAGGGCUCGACCCUAUGGUCACCCCUUCCUUGAACAUCUCGAGCUCCUCAUUAUCGAAGGCCAUAGCAAUGUGGCAGCCAGCAUCAACACAGGGUCAAUCCUUGCCAGUCUUUUUUUGAAUUCACCUCUGCUUCGUCGUGUCGAAAUAAAGCAUCCACCAUUAUUCAGAGAAAUUUUACACGACUUGCAGCGCCUAGUGGAGACCGGACCGCCACUCAUGGGUAACAUCGAGGAAAUUUCACUGUUCCGUGGUCAUCAGCCCCAGGAUGACUUGGCUGCUAUAGUAGCGUUGUUCCCAAAUUUAGUCUCGCUUUCUGCCGAGUUCACGGAUGGCUCAGCCCGCCCUCCACUUAAACACUCCUUGCCGCCAGAAGCAUCGGAGGCUCUCCUCAAUGUCUCUGGGACGCUAGAGACACUUUCUUUAACGACAUCCCCGGAGACGUACCCGGCGAAAGGCCACUGGGUCAAUUACGAAAGCUAUCCGUCUUCAUUGUCGACUUUGAAUCAAAUGGCCAAGCUGAAGGAUCUGACGACGGAGUCUAUCUGGCUCUUUGGGACCGAGAAUCCGGCCGUUGCUCUGCAGCUCUCGCAUCUUCUGCCACCGUCUCUCGCUCGUCUGCACCUAGUCGACUACUGGGGCAACUCCGAUCUGGCUGAGUUUUAUCCCGAAUUCCCAGAUGGUUGGACUCCCCUUGAAUUUUAUACUCAAGUCUUUCAGGCCGUCUGUAAUGAAUCCCAGAUGCGUCUUCCAAAGUUGAGACAGGUCACGUUUACCACAAAUCGCUUCAACUCUCAAUCGCAAACAGCUCUCUCUAAUAACGGUCAGGCUCAACAAGAUGAAACACAAAUCACGCAGGACUCGAUGAGAAUGGUGAAACUAUUAUUUGAGCAAGCAGGAGUUGAUUUUCAUAUAGUAUCAUAA